AUGCACUCAGUGCCGAAGAGGCUAUCAUUGAGCAGAGUCAACAGAACUUGGCACAAAUUCAGGAAGAGGAUCAAAAGGAACCACAAUAUUGGGCAUUAAUGCUGUUGUUUUUUCCGGCAUUAACGGUAUUCGGCAACGUACUCGUCGUCCUCAGCGUGAUAAGAGAUGCCAGCUUGCACACAGCUACAAAUUAUUUUAUCGUCAGUCUCGCGGCUGCUGAUAUCAGUCUGGCUAUUAUCGUGAUGCCAAUGGCGUGUUGGCAGAAUGUAUGUUAA